GCAGAGACAGGCUGACCAAUUCCAAUAUGGUGGCCAGCUUGGCAGGUCUACGGUUCCUGUUGAUGAUAUUGUUGUUCUGCGGGAUCAGGUACGGCGCCUGCAGCCAGGAAGCCCCGCUGGUUCUGUGGCUGCGACUGGAAGACCCGGAGGGUCUGGUGUGCAUGAAGCAUCGGGUCAUCUCGGCACCAGAAGGAGCCACGUUCAAGCUCCGUCUGUUUGGGACUGAUCUGAAUGGAAGCUGGCCGUGGGUGGCGUUCGCAGGGGAAGUCGGAGGGGCUCCCGGGGCGGACGGGAAUACGUCUGACCCGUGCGGGAAGGACUCCAACCGAGACGGGUCCGCGUUUCAGGUGAAGGAGUUUACUCAGGAUGUGCACGGCGGGCUGGUGACGGUGGAGGUUCGGCCGGGGAGCAUCUCUGACCGAGCCGCAGAUAGCGGACAGAGCUACCACCACCUGUGUGUGCUGAGGGGAGGCAGAUGGACAUCUGUGGGCCAAGACAGGCUGCGGAUCAGCACCGACCAAAGGCUGCCCGCAGACUACAUCCCGCCGUGGGGUCUGGCUGUGCUGGUGGUGGUGCUGCUGCUGAUCUGCGCGGUGCUGAGGGCAGUGAACUUGAGCCUGCUGUGGCUGGACCCGGUGGAGCUUUAUGUCCUGCACAGCUGCGGGUCCGAGGAGGAGAAACGGGCUGCCAAGCGCCUGGAGCCGGUCCGGAGGAGAGGAAACUUUCUGACAUGUUCCCUGCUGUUCCUGUGCGCCGUAGGACACUCAGUCCUGGGGGUGCUCCUGUACCGGGCACUGGGCUCCAUCGUCUCCGCAGCUUUCACCAGUGGCUUCCUCAUCUUUUUUGUUGUUGAGCUGGUGCCCCACAUUGUGUGCUCUGGAUACGGGUUCCAGCUCGCGCCAGCUCUGACCUGGCUGGCCCAGGUUUCGAUGGUGCUGACCUGCCCCCUGUCCUGUCCUCUGGGGCUGAUCCUGGACCUGGCUCUAAGGAGGGACAUCAGCACCUGUGGGAUCAGAGAGAAGGCCAUGGAGAUGAUCCGUACCAGUGUCAAUGACCCUUACAGUGAGUUUGUGAAGGAGGAGUUCAGCCGUGGGGCUUUGCGGAGCAAGACAGUAGAGGACAUCCUGACUCCCCUGAAGGACUGCUUCAUGCUGCCCAGCUCGGCUGUCCUUGACUUCUCCACUAUGUCUGAGAUCAUGCAGAGUGGAUACACACGGGUGCCCAUCUAUGAGGAGGAGAGGUCCAACAUUGUGGAAAUCCUUUAUGUGAAAGACUUGGCUCUGGUUGACCCAGAUGACUGCACCCCCAUGACAACUAUCACCAAGUUCUACAAUCAUCCGCUGCACUUUGUCUUCAAUGACACCAAACUGGAUGCUAUGCUGGAGGAGUUCAAGAAAGGCAACUCUCACAUGGCCAUCGUCCAGAAGGUGAACAAUGAGGGGGAGGGGGAUCCAUUCUACGAGGUGCUGGGAUUGGUCACGUUAGAGGACGUCAUUGAAGAGAUCAUCAAAUCAGAGAUCCUGGAUGAAUCUGAUGGCUACUUGGACAGGAAAGUGAAGCGCCCACUUCCCCCGCUGGAGAUUCCCCUGGAGCCCCGCAGUGCACACGAGGAGUUUUCUCUGUUCAAGCCCCCUGAAGGAGAACCCAAGAUCCGCACGUCGCCACAACUCCUACUGGCGACGCACCGCUUCCUGUCCAGAGAAGUUGAGCACUUCAGCCCUGGACGUGUGUCAGAGAAGGUCCUGUUCCACCUGCUCCGUCACCCCAGUGUCAACCAGGAAGUGCACUUUGACCCCAGUAACCGGCUGAGCCCAGGCCACUAUCUCUACACGCGCAACCACCCUGUGGACUAUUUUAUCCUGCUGCUACAGGGUCGUGUUGAGGUGGAGAUCGGUAAAGAGGGGCUGAAGUUUGAGAAUGGGGCUUUUACAUAUUAUGGCGUGUCUGCACUAACGCUGCCAUCUUCAGUACACCAGUCUCCAGUAUCGACUCAGCGUCACUCUCCCAGGGAUCCCUUUGAGCCAGGAGACGCUACGAGCCCGUCCAGUUAUUGUCCCGACUACACAGUCCGAGCCCUCACUGACCUCCAGCUCAUACGGGUGACGCGCCUCCAGUAUUUGAACGCUCUCAUGGCGUCCCGUGUCGGCCAGAGUCCAGAUCCUCCUGAGAUUAAGAUCCUGCCCAACAGUCAGACCAAGCUGCUCAACGACAGAAACACCACACAAGAGUUCCCUGUAAACUUUUCAUUCUUUAAUACCAUUGAGAACUACUGUUAGUGUUUUAUGUGCAUGAGGUAGCAGUAGAGCCCAGGAGAGCUCCACAGAAGAAGAGGCUCGUGGGUAGCUCAGGUCUGUCUGCCAGCUGUUCAACCAAGUAGAGAUUUUUUUGAGUUUCCCUUUUUUUGCUGAAUCAUCUAUGGCUGGAACGUAGUUUUUGGACAAGACUGGAGUGAGAGCGAUUGUCUGUAGUUCCACUGCAUUCUCAUCUCCAUCCCCAUUCCCUCAUGUUCUUUUGAUUGAAAUAAUUUCAUGUUGUUUUCUACACCUUGGAGACUAUGUAUAUAUAGAUAGAUAUAAGUAUAUAAACACGUUUUAUUUUGAUUUGGCGGUGCCUUUCUUCCAGGUUGAGCCUUCUGUACUGAACUCUGCAUUGCCAUUCCUCAUUUUCACCUGUCAGGGUGCCAAAGCAACAUGUGUGUGGUUUGUGUGUGUGUGUCGUCUUCGUCUAUGCAUAAUGAAGCAUCCGUCCCUAUGAGACACUAAGCCGAAAAUCUCAAUAAAAGCAGAUUUGCACAUACAAUUUGUGCACUCUUGAUCAUAUUAAGCUAUUUCUCAAGCUGUAAGGUACGUCCACAUUUUAUACCCAUCACACAGAGGCGUGUGUCAAAUCUUUAGUAUUUUGACUAAUAAAUAUCCAGAUCAUAGGGGGCAAAAGAUGAACAUUAAUGUGGCUGUAGUCUAGUAAUCAUAGACUAACAUGUUUCAGUCUCAGUGGACUGUUUUGGGAGUGAAACAUGAAGUUUCACACAUUUCUGUUUACAAAUGGUCGCCAUGUCUCUAUUUGUAACAGCGUCACAAAAAGAGUUUUUUGCAGUGGCCACGAGUCUAGAAGUAGAAGCACUAACAUUAUAGAACUGAAUUAUUUCUGGCAACAACCAAAACAUGUUUCUCACAAAGUAUUAAAAAAGGUCAAGUACCAAAUGCUGAAUGACAGAUUUAAGAUCUCAUUUUAUUGCCAAUUUUAGAUUAUGUUGUUAAAGGCAACAUUUAACAUUUUAAAAGUCUUUGCUACUAAGGAUAUGUUUGCUUCUUAAAGUGUUUAGUAUAUAUAUAUAUAUAUAUACAAAACAUUGAUACACCUCCAAAUUAGUCCCAUUGGGUUAUCACUCUCGCUUGACUCACGCUGUUGAAUGCAGUAUUAAAAUCAGUGCUCAAAUUAGUUUCAGAAAAGAAAGUUAAAUCCAGAGGUCAAAAAAGAUGAAUGAUUUCUUUCUACUCAGCAUGGAGGUCAAGAAUGUUUGUCCUAAUGAUAAAUACUCAUUAUGUUGACAGUUAGAUAUCUUUACAUCUGAAGACACCAAAAAAAGCUACAUCAUAUACUUAAAUAUCCAAUUUUGGCAAAACAAAAUUAACCAAAAUUAUUGUAGUUGAGGUUAAAGAAGUGUCUUGUCACCGCAGAUAAUAACCGCUAGUUUUUCUGUGAAAACGAGGUAGUUAGAAAAUAGCUUUCCUGAAGUGACGAGGUAGCACAAGAACAGUGUUUUUUUGUGUGUGAAGUAAUAAAAAAAAAUAGCUGGCAAUCUCUUUCCAGAGAUGACAGGAUCAAUAAAAAAAUUGGACUCUUGGUUUUUGUUUUAAGAUUUCAAGCAAAUAUUUCAAACAUUUGCCAAUUUUGGUUCAGGAAUGCGAUCAUUUGUUAUUUUUUUUCCCUCAAAUAUCAAUACUUUUAGGUUUGAACACUUGGAAUUUGGCCUAUUUCACUACAUUUGGACAUUUUAAGUUCUACAUUUAAUUUAUUAAUUGAUAAUUAAGUAGUUCAUGAAAACCUUUUGUUGCGGUAGUUAAUGGUUUAUUAUCCUAGUUUCACAGUGAGUUGUUAACACCCAAAUGUAGAUGUUUUUGGUAUAAACGACACAGCGCAGAAUCUCUGUUUCCAGUUGUUGGCGUUAGUGAUGUGUCGUGCUCAUAACAGCAGUAGUGGAGCUGGAUGUCAGAGCGAAAGGGUCCCGAAAGGGUUCACUUCUUACCUAAAGCACCUUGUUCAUCGUCCUGUCUGUGUCGGCAGCCAUGCAUGUGUCCCUGUCUAUUCCAGUGUGUGUGCGUGUAUGUAUUUGUGAGUGAGUGAGUGUGACAUACAAUAUUUCACCUGUACACGUCAGCGAGCGAGCAUCCAUCCAUUACUUAACUCCAUUACCCAUAAUGUAUGUUGCUAAGUUAACGUGCAUUUUAAGCAGGUGUCAAUCAAUGUUGCAUGUCACUAUUCAUGUGGAAUUAGUCAGAAAUGACCCCUAAAUAACCCCCCUGUGCUCCCUGUUGUUUGUAUAUUAAUAUAUUAAAAAUGAAGAGAACGGUGAGGAGAUUUUUGAGCAGAAUUAAACAAUAUCAGUGUUUGUUUUUUUUUAAGCAGAAGGGUUGUUUAGGAGUGUGUUACACUAGCACAAUUUCUGUCUCUUUGCAUUUAAAUCCCAUUGUGUGUUUGAUUUCUUCAUAAUGCCAUAUUCCAGGAGACAUUCAUGACUCUGAUUUUAAGUAAAUAUUUUUCAGCUGUUUAUUGUUAUUUUGUAAUGUUGGUUUAUAUGGUGUUAAAAGACUGAAUGUAAAAAGGUUAUCAAUACUUUGUGCUACUCAUACUGAUCGAGAGAAAUGCCGUUGACGUUGAGAGCUGUGUAAUUAAUAUAUGACUGCUUAGAUAGAGUUUGAUUCAUGGAUUUAGUUUAUAGGUGAUUAAUCUCAGUUUUCAGGUACAACACUGUUACCAAAAGAGUUAUUGAGAACUGAACAGUGUAUUGAAUUCCUCUCUCUGUCCAGGUUACAUUUGUAAGGAUUUUCAUAAUUCUGUUUCUGUUUUUUGGGAAUGCUGCCAGUUUUGGGUGCAUUGAGACUCCAUUGUAUUUAACACUUUCAAUAAUUACAUUUCUUAGGAAAUAAACUCAAUCCUGUUGUAAAUUUG